GCAAGCAAAUGUUAGUUUCUCUUUUAAUUUUCCCUUUCUACUAAAUUUUGUUAGAAAAAUGAAUCAUCUAAAAAAAGAUUCAAGAUACAUUGUAAUUCUCAGCGUACUACCAUUUACCUUUCUCCUCAUCUUCUUAACCACCGUCGUUUCAUCUCAUUCACCAUCAUCAACCCUCCACAAAACGCAGCGUUUUGCAUCCUCCGAUAACAUCACCGAGCUCGUCGUCGCCACUUUAAACCAAACCAUCUCCAAGGUCAAUCUCUCUUCCUCCAACUUCUCCCAUCUCCAAAACCGUCUCGGCUCCAACAUUAGCCAUCGCGACCGUUGCGCAUUCCAAGACUGUCUUGAGCUACUCGAUGACACCGUCUAUGAUCUCACCACCGCGAUCUCGGAGCUCCGAUCUCUUCCUCCGGUGCUCCACAACGUCAAUAUGUUGCUUAGCGCCGUGAUGACGAACACACGAACGUGUCUUGAUGGCUUCUAUUCUAGCGACGACGAGGACGACGAGAAUUCGAAUAAUGAUAAUAAGAUAUAUGGAGUGGCUGAGAGCAUGAAGGAGAGUCUUUUGAAUAUCUCUAGAAACGUUAGAGAAUCACUAGCUAUGCUUGAUGAGAAUAUUCCGGGGAAUAUUCCGGGGAAAUUAGAGAAAGAUGUUAAGUUUCCGAUGUGGGUCUCAGGGAGUGACCGGAAACUCCUUCAAGAUCCGGUGAAUGAGACUAAGGCUAAUAUCGUGGUGGCUCAAAAUGGUACCGGAAACUUCACAACCAUCGGGGCCGCUGUAUCGGCCGCUCCCAACUCGAGCGAAACCAGAUUUGUGAUAUAUAUAACAUGUGGGGUAUAUUUCGAAAACAUUGAAAUACCGAGGGAGAAGACGAUGAUAAUGUUUGUCGGGGACGGAAUCGGACGGACAAUAUUAAAAGCUAACCGAAGCUCCGCAGAUGGAUGGACGGCAUUCAACUCUGCUACCGUUGGGGUGAGAGGUAGUGGCUUCAUAGCUAAGGACAUAUCAUUCGUGAACGAUGCAGGACCGACCAAACACCAGGCAGUGGCGUUGCGAAGCAGUUCUGACCUCUCUGCUUACUACCGAUGCAGCUUUGAAAGCUACCAAGACACCAUCUAUGUCCAUUCACACAAACAGUUCUAUCGAGAAUGUGAUAUUUAUGGCACGGUCGAUUUCAUAUUUGGUGACGCAUCGGUUGUGUUCCAGAAUUGUAGUCUCUAUGCUCGUAGACCAAAUCCUAACCAGAGAAUCACAUAUACCGCUCAAGGCCGAGAAGAUUCAAGUCAACCAACGGGUAUUUCUAUAGUUCAUUCCAGGAUUUUGGCUGCACCGGAUUUGAUCCCUGUGAAAGCUAAGUUCAAAGCGUACUUAGGUCGUCCAUGGCAAUUAUAUUCUAGGACAGUUAUCAUAAAAUCGUUUAUUGAUGAUAUUGUUGAUCCUGCUGGAUGGUUGAAAUGGAAAGAUGGUUUUGCACUUGAUACCUUGUAUUAUGGAGAGUAUAUGAAUGAAGGGCCCGGUUCGAACAUGACAAACCGGGUCAAAUGGCCUGGUUUUAAACGUAUCGAAACCGAAGUAGAAGCAACUCAAUUCACUGUCGGUCCGUUUAUUGAAGGUAACAAAUGGCUUAAUUCUACCGGAAUUCCCUUUACUCUUGAUCUCUAAUCUUUUAUUUUAAAGUUGGAUACAAUAUUAUAAACAAAAUUUGUGUUACUAGCUACUUCA